AUGGACCAAACAUACAAACCAACCCCCACGGCCCCCGUCAUCCGCCUGCUGGUCCUAGAAACCGACAAGCCACACCCAGACACAUACUCCGAGCGCGGGUCCUUCGGGCGCAUCAUCCACGAGCACUUUUCCGCCGCCGGAGCCGCGCACCACCCCCCGCUCGGCGUGGAAACAGACCAGGUCUUCGUGGUCUCCGAGCAGGGCGGGCGCGUGCCGAAAGUCUCGGAGCUCGACUCGUUCGACGGACUGCUCAUCACAGGGAGCGUGUACGACGCGCACGCGAAUAACGAGUGGAUAUUACAGCUCCUCGAUCUCCUCCGAACCCUCUGGCUUAUGCGUCCCGGCUUCCGCUUUCUCGGCGUCUGCUUCGGCCACCAGCUUCUGGCGCGCCUGCUCGGCGGGGAAGUCGGACCCGCGCCCUCGCGGGAUUGGGAACUUGGUCACUGCCGGAUUACGCUUACGUCGACGGGGCAGCGUCUGUUCCGGACGCAUGAGGAUUUCGUGCAUCUGCAUCAGAUGCACCAGGAUCAGGUCGUUAAGGCGCCGAGCGCUGAAUCUGCGGGGGGCUUGGUUCCGGCGGACACCGAGAUCUCGGUUUGGGGGCGCAGCGAACACACGCCGUUUCAGGGGUUGUAUAUACCCAAUCGGCUAUUUACGACGCAGGCGCAUCUUGCGUUUGACGAGGACAUGGUGAAAAGGCAGAUUCAGAUUCGGGUUGAUAGUGGGUCGAUUCGGGAUUUGGAGCAUGCGGAUCGCGCGGCGGAGACGGCGGAUUUGGAGCAUGAUGGGGUGGAGGUUGCGAAGGCUAUACUGAGGUUGUUUGUGAAGGAUGAGGAUGAGUUUUAG